UGUAAUGCUUUAUGAAGAAAUAUUCCAGCCGUUGCAGAAGAUGUGCUUCUUUCCCUAAACUUUUGGAUCUGAUUGAGGCGGAAAGAUAAACCCAAGGGCCCGAAAUAGCUUGCUUAACAUGAAAGGUUAACCUGGUAAUCUCAUUAGGGCACUAAAGAGCUUGCUGUAGGGAAGGCAGCAGUGAGGGUUGCAGGAGCUGGAGGCUCUCGUCCAGGAGCAACUCUUGCUGCAGAUUUUGCAGGAAGAAGCACCCCAAACCUUCCAUCCUUUGGGGGCUGUGUUUGCGAACAGGGGACGAUGGCGGGGCAGCGGCGGAGAGCAGUCAGCCUGUCGUCCAACCUGAAAAUCGGGGACUACCGGCGGUGCUGCUUGACGCCAGCCGAGGAAGAGCUGUACAUCCCCUUCGCACAGGACAAGCUGGUCAAGCCCUGGCGCUCCCUGCACAACGUCUCCGGCGGGGCUCACACCGUGCGGCGCGGGCGCAGCAGCAACUUGAACCUCAACGUCGGCGGUCGGCGCUUCCAGAUGUCGUACGCGGCGGCUGCCCGGCAUCCGACAACCCGCCUGGGCCGCCUUGCUGUCGCAACGCAACCGUCGCAGCGGGCAGCCUUGUGCGACGACUACUCAGUACCGGAGAAUGAGUUCUUCUUUGACCGCGACCCGGUGGUCUUCCUGUACGUCUUCCACUUCUAUCGCAGCGGGGUGAUGUGGGUGAUGGAGGAACUGUGCCCAUCCAACUUCGCGGAGGAGGUGGCCUACUGGGGGCUGCACAUGAAGCACGCCCAGCGCUGCUGCCGCAUCCUCUUCGAGGAGAAGCAAGAUGAGCUGGCUGAGUACUUGAAGAUCCAGCGCGAGCUGGAGGCCGAGCUGGAGCCUGUUGAGCGCGAGGAGCACUUUGAGGGCAAGUUCCUCGGUGAAAUCCGGAAAGCAAUCUGGAACCUGAUUGAGAACCCAUACUCGUCCAUCCCAGCUAAGGUGAUCGCCAUCCUCUCCAGCUUCUUUGUGCUGAUCUCCAUCGUGGGCAUGACGCUGAGCACGGUGGAGGAGAUGCAGCACAAGGCCAGCAAGCGCUGCAUGCAGCAGCUGGAGACAGUGUGCGCCAUCUUCUUCACCCUGGAGUACCUCAUGCGGCUGGUAUCCACCUCCACCUUCCGGCAGUUCCUGCGGGCUGCCUUCAGCGCCAUCGACCUGGUGGCCAUCCUGCCCUUCUACGUCCAACUGCUCUUCGAGAACCUGGGUGAGGCCGAGGGCGACUACCACGAGGAGCUGCACAAGAUGCGCAGCGUGGGCAAGCUGGGCAAGGUGCUCAAGCUCAUCAAGCUCAUGCGCAUCUUCCGCAUCCUCAAGCUGGCCCGCCAUUCCACCGGCCUGCGGGCCUUCGGCUUCACCCUGCGCCAGUGCUACCAGCAGGUCUGCUGCCUCUUCCUCUUCAUCGCCAUGGGCGUCUUCACCUUCUCUGCCCUCAUGCACUCCGUUGAGCACGACGUGCCCGGCACCAACUUCACCAGCAUCCCCGACGCCUGGUGGUGGGCCGCCGUGAGCCUCUCAACGGUGGGCUAUGGGGACACGGUGCCAGACACGCUGCUGGGCCGCAUGGUGGCCUUUGGCUGCAUCUCCUUCGGCAUCAUCCUCAACGGGAUGCCCAUCUCCAUCCUCUACAACAAGUUCUCCGACUACUAUGCCAAGCUCAAGUCCCACGAGGUGCAGGCCACGGGGUCCCUCAAGGCAGCCCGCCAGCUGCGCCUCAAGGAACGCGCCUGGAAGAAGUUUGCCGAGGCCUGCUGUGCUGAGUACAGCAACCAUGAAGGGACUGGCCCCACGACACGAAGGCCGGAGCCCCCCCACCUCAGCCACCCUUUGCAUCACCCCCCACCACCCCCCACCCCUGUCAUCCGGCAACCGCCCCCCACCCCCCGCGCACCCCGCACCCCCAUGGGCCGGCGGCUGGACUACCCGGUCCCACACCCGCACCAUGAGUACCUGGACCAUCACCCAGCCCACCUCACCCCGCUCUCCGGCCACCCCACCCCGCCCCCGCCCUACGUGUUCCCGCCACCCGCCCUCCAGAGGCACCGCUCCAGGAAGAGAGCCGAGGGGGGUGUCCUGCUCCACCACCACAAAGGGGCCAGCCUCUGA